GGUGAUGUUGCUCUAGGGUCAAUAAUUAUCAGUAAUUCGGGAGUGAACUUUGACCCAUUGCAUCCUUCACAACCCCACCCCCGAUCACCUUUUCCGUAACAACCAAAGACUCAAAGUCUUCACAAAUAUCUUUCCCAACAAAACAUUUGGUUUGAGGCUAUCAGGCGGUAUUAGCGUUAAUGUUUACCAUUAUUGUGUGUUGUGGCUAUUAAAAUUUUUUUGCAGUACUCUACAAUAUUUGCUAAUACUUUUACAAGAGUUAAUUACUUCAUAGUUUGUUUGAACCUUUAGCGAUAGCAGUUUUUGAGUAAAAUGGAAAGCUCCAGUGAUGAACUAGAAUACGUAAAGUCUCGUGUAGGUAGUUAUCCUAAUUUUCCGAAGCAAGGAAUAUUAUUCUGGGACAUAUUCUCCGUGCUGGCCGACCCAGAGGCGUCCAAGAAGCUGCACGGACUGCUGAUACGGCACGUGAGAGCGAAGACCCCGGGCGUGCAGGCGUUCGUGGCGCUGGAGUCGCGAGGCUUCCUGUUCGGCUCCGUGCUGGCCCUGGAGUUCGGGGUUCCCUUCGUCCCCAUCAGGAAGAAGGGCAAGUUGCCCGGGGCCGUCUACCAGGAAACGUACCAGCUCGAAUAUGGCACGGAUAUUUUGGAAGUUCAGAAAGACAGUAUCACAUCUGGACAGAAAGUGGUGAUAGUUGAUGAUCUGAUAGCAACAGGUGGAACGCUGGAGGCAGGCUGCCGCCUGGUGCGUCGUUGCGGGGCGACGGUCGAGCAGUGCCUGGUCAUCAUGGAGCUGACUGCGCUGAGGGGCAGAGCCCAGGUGUCUGCCGACGUGCACUCCCUCAUACAGUACUGACAACCCCCGUGGCGCGGCGUCACAUUCCUGCAGAGAGAGCACUGUUAAGUUUGUAAAGUUUUUAACUGUCUCGCUGGUAAGCAACAAGAACAUGUUAUGCUUGUUUAAGUUAAGAAUGAAUUUUAUUUUUUGAAAUGUUUACUUUAAUAAGUAAAUGCAGUGAUUUUUUUUUGUUUGGCAUAGUGAUCAUUAUUACUUUAUUGCUAUCUAAUAACUAUUCUCCAGAGGCAAGAUUAUGUGGUGAAUAGGAAUAAUAUUGAAUUAACACCAAAGACAGUAUACAAAAUGUACGUAAUGAAAUUCGUCAGAAUUAACUACUUUUAUCCAUAAAAAUCUUCACUUCAUAAAUUGUCCUUUAGACCUUUAUUCAUAGUUAUUAGAUCUACAUUAAAAAUUCAUAAAAAGUAAAAAAAAAAAGUUUGUUGGAAAUAAUUAAAAGUGAAGUAAAUUAAGUCUGUCAAUUACUAUGUGCUUUUAACAUUGCAUAAUGAUUUUUAUACACGUCAAUAGAACAUAUUGUAAUAAUAGACUGUGAUAAAAACCAAAACUUAAAUUUGAAUCUUUAUCAGCAUGAGAGAGAAAUUAAAAUCAUGUGCAGUUUCAUAGUUUCUUGUUUAGAUACAUAAAAUAUGAUUUACACCACAGCACAGAAUAAUACCAAAUUAUUAUGAUACUCAUAAAUACUGGGAUGAGAAAAAGUUCUGAGAUAUUAAUAUAUAAAGCAGAAUAGAGGUUGACGCUUACUUUUGAAAGUUCCCUCCACAGGAAAAUAUUUUAUUUCUCCUUCAUCAGUAUCACUUUCACUAACUUGUUUUUCCCCCUGAAUCCUUAGCCCCCACAUAUUAUUCUGGCUGAACUUCUACGCAUGCGGCUGCAAAGUUGUUAGUCUGUUUGACAAUGUACAACUUCGAGGUUAUAAUUACUAUUAGAGGUAUUCUUGUUUUUUUGGACCUGAGAUGCAGAUAUUAAAUAUGUUUCGACACAUCACAAAAAACAGGUAGAUAAUUGUAAAUCCUACAAAAAAAACUAAAACUUAAAAUUCCUUUAAGCACAAAAUGUCUUAAUAUGUAAUAUAAGAUUGAGGUAAACGUUAAAUGAAAAAGUGUAAAUAGGCACACCAACAUGAAAAAUAAAAAAUUCACAGGGUGCGUUACCUUAGCUAACAUGUCGUAAACUUGUAGGUAUGUUUUUUUCCUUAGGUUUGCAGACAAUCGAACAUACCCUAAACCAUGUUUUCUUUGUAAGUUACGUAAUUAUCCUGCAACCUAAUAUUCUGUUUACAUAUUUUCCCCCAAUUAUUGAUGGAGAAAAUAUACUCAUUAAAAAAAAAUACAUUUUAAUGAUGUUUUAUAUUGUGUUUGUUUUUUGAAGUCAACUUUAAUUUUUUUGAGGUUAUAUUUCAGGUCUACCCCUUUUCUCGUGAGCGGUUUUUGCAAGAAAAAACCUCAACUUAUAUUUGGGUUUACAUCGUAAUUCAUAAUUUUUACAAUUCAAACUAUUUAAAAUUUAAAUACUCAUUAGUCAUUAAAUUUUAGUAGUGAUGCAAUUAAUUAAUUAAUUGUAAACAUAACUUAUCUCAUCAGAUAAUUUAUUAUUCUAUUUUUAAUCUUGUUUUGUUAUCUCCAAUGAAAUAUUUCCUUUGCAAGAGAGUGUGUGAGAGAGAGUGUGAGAGUGAGUGAGUGUGUUUUUUUUUGCACUGCUCAGUUUUCUGCAACUUGAAAUCCUUUGCUAUUGUGAAUGGCAAUCAUUAUCCCUAGUUGAGGGGUAAUAAACUGUUUCUUGAAUGUUUAUUAUGAAAUAGUGAUGUGUCUGUCCCGGUUCUCAGUUCCCUGCACUAUAACCCAGCACAAAGAAACUUAAAUAUCAACUUUGUACCAUGGAAAGCUUCACAACUAAAACUUUUCCAUAAAAAUACGGAAACUUCAAGGUAAACUGCCGUUGUAGGGGUAUCCAUAUUGCAGGCAAUUCAUGCACACGUUUUUCUGAGUUCCCUCGCAACCCUGUGACAAGUUUUUAGUAAAAUCUUUAAAAAUUGCUGCGGCAAAUAGCCAAACCAUGUUUGUACCACGGGUAUGGCAUAGUAUGCCCCUUGGAGAUACCACGAUUUGUACCAUUUCUUAGCAUAGUACUCACCUUGAAUGUAAUGUUUUUUUUACAUGGUUUUUCCUAUAGUUACCAUAAUUUAUGGGUAGGGCCUGGAAUUUUUCGCGAUCGCGAAUGUUGUGAAUUUCGCAUGAAAACGCGAAAAGUAAGUACAUUCGCGAAAACCACAACAUUUCUAUAUUACACUGUGAAUAUAUCCCCGAAAAGUACCAUUACAGUAGAAUCCCGCCGAUGCGACCCCCCUCUGAUGCGUCCAUUCCGUUUAUACGACCGUUUUUUGAGAAACAGUGAAAAAUUUGAGCAGAGAAAGUCGAAAAUUUGAGUAAAAUCGGCUGAAAAACAAGUCUGUUACACUUUGUUAGGCGCUAAGUGUUCACGUUUAUCUUGGCGAGAGCUGUACUGUAAGCAGGCAGGCAUACAAAAGACGGCUAAAAAUAGAUACCAACCCUAUAGACUGUCCACGCGCAGUGUCUAGCCAGCUCGGCGCGUCCACUAUCGCACGAAAAGUCGUCUCAGCUAUCAUGUUAUCUUACCCCCCCCCCCCCCAAAUUCCGACUUUAAACCACCGCUUUUCUAAUUUAAAAGUACCGCUUUUCGCAUACUGAAAACACCGAAAUUUUCCAGGCCCUAUUUAUGGGUAUGACCUACUGUACUUGUGUACCUUCUGAGAAAUAUACAGUAAUUUAAUAUUACUUCUGUGGUCUAACAUACUUUGAAAAAUUCCCUCUUAUAUUCUGAAUUUUUUUGAAUAGCUAAUUUAAACAUUCACAUUGCUAUCGUGGUGUUGGUCUUGUGGUUAGCAUGCUUGCCUCCUGACCAUAAUGUUAACAAAAUGUGUUUAUGUCCUUUGGUAAAUGAGCCCAGAGUGCUGGAGUACCAAAUACUAUUGUACAAUCAGUGUAAAAAGUGCAUAAAUAAAGACAUGAAUUUUAA